CAUCUGCUUAUUGAGCGUUGCCACAGGACACCAGAGGAGAAAAUAAGGGAGCUGAGGACCGAAAGGAUGUUUUCUCUGUUGUGGAGGGUCCUGUUGGAGCUUUUAUUGGUUUGGUGGGUGUUUGAAGGGGUCAUCAGGUGUGUGUUCAGUAAAGAGCUAAAAUCUCCCAGCACCCGGGUAAAGCCCAUGUCUCCAUCUGAUUUCCUAGAUAAACUUAUGGGAAAAACAUCAGGAUAUGAUGCUCGGAUCAGGCCUAACUUUAAAGGACCUCCUGUUAAUGUCACCUGCAACAUAUUCAUCAACAGCUUCGGCUCUGUCACAGAGACCACCAUGGACUACCGGCUGAAUGUUUUUCUACGGCAGCAGUGGAACGACCCACGGCUGGCAUAUAAAGAAUAUCCAGAUGAUUCUCUGGAUCUAGACCCAUCAAUGCUGGACUCCAUCUGGAAGCCAGAUCUGUUCUUUGCCAAUGAGAAAGGCGCCAACUUUCACGAGGUCACCACGGACAACAAACUGCUGAGGAUUUUUCAGAAUGGAAAUGUGCUUUACAGCAUCAGGCUUACUCUGAUUCUUUCAUGUCCUAUGAAUCUGAAAAAUUUCCCAAUGGACAUACAGACCUGCACUAUGCAGUUAGAGAGCUUUGGCUACACUAUGAAUGAUCUGAUAUUUCAGUGGUUGGAUGACGGCCCAGUGCAAGUGGCUGAAGAUCUUGCGCUGCCUCAGUUUGUGCUAAAGGAGGAGAAAGACCUGGGAUACUGUACAAAACACUACAAUACCGGUAAAUUCACCUGCAUAGAGGUAAAGUUUCAUCUGGAGAGGCAGAUGGGUUAUUACCUUAUCCAGAUGUACAUCCCCAGCCUAUUAACAGUCAUCCUGUCGUGGAUCUCUUUCUGGAUCAACAUGGAUGCUGCUCCGGCCCGUGUUGGGCUGGGCAUUACUACAGUUCUUACCAUGACAACACAGAGCUCUGGAUCCAGAGCAUCACUACCUAAGGUGUCCUACGUAAAGGCCAUUGACAUCUGGAUGGCAGUGUGCCUGCUGUUCGUCUUUGCUGCUUUGCUGGAGUACGCGGCUGUCAACUUUGUCUCUCGACAACACAAAGAAUUUUUCAGACUCCGGAGAAAAUUGCGGGAGGAGCAGCGCUGCAGAGCUGCCUGUUGUCAAGCUGCAGGAGCAGAGAUGAAAAACAAAAGCAACAAUGUUUCAGGGAGCACACCGUGCAAAACUGCACAACGCCACUGCAGCGCCUGUGCACGGGAAGAGCAGUUAGCUUUGCAUAGUCAGGACUUGUACUUUAUGGGAUACGGGAUUGACAGCUCUCUAUCUGGGGACGGGCCUCUCUCUGAGGCCGCUGCCUUGUUUGCAGGACUACCGCCUGGCCACGUGCUGUUCGAUAUCCGCCGCCGUUUUGUGGAACGGGCAAAACGGAUCGACACUAUCUCACGAGCUGUAUUUCCUCUUAGCUUCCUUGUUUUUAAUGUCUUCUACUGGCUCACAUACAAAGUUCUUAGACACGAGGACAUUCAUGCUAACCUGCGGCCCUAAGAUUGUGUGAACCCCAAACUUUUCCCUUCCCAGGAUCCCAUUUUGUGAGAUUACAGCAGGCGUAGGCAACAACUGUCCUGGAGUGCCGAAGUCCUGCAGAGUUUAGCUCCAGGUGCUAAUCAAACACAUGUGAACAACUAAUCAAAGUCUAAAGAGUCACCAGAAAACUCCAGGACCUACGUUGCCUACCCCUGGCCUAAAGUAUGUGGAUGAGAUUAGUGGACCUCCCCAUGUGUAGGAAUAAAUCAAACUGGUCUAAGAAAAAGUGACACACUCUCUAUGCAUGAGUGAGCAUAUACGCAUGUGUUCAAAACCACAUUUAUACAACGAUCAAAAUAAACCUUUAGUGGUGGUUUCCCUGAGAGGGUUUAGAUUAAUCUAGGACUAGGCCUUAGUUAUAUUAGGACAUUUAAAGGGGACAUUUCACAAAACUUUUUAAAAAAGUCAAAAAAAUCUUUGGUGUCCCCAGAUUACGUAUGUGAAGUUUUAAAAUAUCAAAAUAUCAUAUAGAUAAUUUAUUAUAACAUGUUAAAAUUGCUACUUUGUAGGUGUGUCCUUUUAAAUGCAAAUGAGCUGAUCGCUGCACUAAAUGGCAGUGCUGUGGUUAGAUAGUGCAGAUUAAGGGGCCAUAUUAUUCCAUUCUGACAUCACGGGGAGCCAAAUUUCAAUGAUCUAUUUAAUCACAUGCUUGCAGAGAAUGGUUUCCCAAAACUAAGUUACUGGGUUGAUCUUUUUCACAUUUUCUAGGCUGAUAGAAGCACUGGGGACCCAAUUAGCAUUUAAACUUGGAAGUCGUCAAGAUUUUCAUAUGAUGUCCCCUUUAAGUCAUUUUACCUUACAAAAAACAAUACUGGUAUGCAUCUAGGGAAAAAAUAACAUCAUUGAUUUAUGUAAAGAUAUGUCAGGACAAGGUGUUUUUACAUUAAGGCAGUUAAAAAAAUCCAUAGUAGUAUGAGAAACCACCCCUUAGUGUAUUUGCUGAAUUUGACAGAGCUUCACAGUUUGCACAUGGUAGGCGGUCUAUAAUAAAAUAAUUUGGUUUAUUUUGGCAGAUUUUUAGUAAGGAUGUUCAAUAUAUUGGGGCGAUUAUCCAGACAGGGCUUAUCCUAAUCCCUGACUAAAAUGAAUAUCUAAGCUGCCCCUAUGUAAACAUUUUUUACUGACAGUUUUGUCUCAAGAUACACACCAGUAAUGUUUUCUGUAAGGUAUGUUUGUAAGAAUUACUUAAAUGUCCUAAUAUAACUUAGAUCUAACACUAGUCCAAUCUAAACCCUGUCUGGGAAACUGUCACAUUUUUACUUUUUAGGUACCAUGGGUAAAAAAAGUCCACCCAGUAGCUGCAUGGUUAACGUAGCAGCUAUUUUUAUAUGAAUCACAGCUUUAAAUUUAAAUGAGAAGUGACAAAGCCAGGGAUACAUUUAAAAAAAGUUAAAUUCACAAAUGAAGCCUAAUAAAAAUCUAUUCAGGCUGAAACAAGUUAGUCUAGUGAAUCUUCUGGCUCUUUUAAGCUCUUAAUUCCUAUUCUAUUGCUCUAAAUUUUUAAGGACUUCAUAAUGUUGUACAUCAACUGCGGGUUAUUCCUCAAUUUUUUAUCAACAAAUGGCAUAUUGUCUCUUUCGGUUUUGUCAUCUUCCACAACAGGGAUACUUGAUUCAUAACAGUCAAAUAAGACAAGAAAUUUGUAGUUACAG